GCGCAGCGGCAGCAGCAGCAGCAGCGCCAUCCCUCCUCGGCUGCGAUUGCUUCCUCAUCAUCAUCCUCCUUCUCAUCAUCCUCAUCAUCGUCGUCGUCGUCUUCGGUGCUGCGUGCGCUGCUCGUCAACAACAACAACAACCCUGUACGCGCCCCUGGGUUCCGCAAGUGACAUGAGGGCGCAAUGGGCGCCAAGGAAUCCAAGCUGGGCUUCCUGGCGUACGAGGACGCGCUCAAGAGAGUGACGGAUGAUGAGCUGAAGAGGCUACGCGAUGCCUUCAAACGGUCAUGUGGUCUGGCGUACAUGAACCAGCUGUGCUUUGUGAGGGAGGUGCUUGGGGAAGGUGUGCCGUCUAAAGUGGCCGAGGUGAUAUACAACUCAUUCGGCGGCUCUUCAAAGGGGCUGUCAUUCAAGGAGUUGGUGGUGGGCCUGGUCCUGCUCACCCGCGGCCGGGAUGAGGAGAAGAUCAAAUACAUCUUCAGUUUGUGUGCCAACGAGUCGGGCAGCUAUGUGAGCCGAGAAGGCCUGGAGGGGCUGCUCCAGGCGUGUGAGACUCAGCCCCUGGCCGAAACCGUGCGCCAGUGUUUCAGAGAGAGCGAGCGGGCCAACUACGAGCGCUUCAAGCAAUGGCUGCUCGCCAACAAGGAGCUGCUCAUCCUCUCGCGCUGGCUGCUGGCGAGCACGGUCAGCGUGACCCUGACGGACGACAGCGACACGCCCACCUUCUACCAGACCCUCGCCGGAGUCACUCACUUGGAGGAGUCUGACAUUAUUGACCUGGAGAAGCGCUACUGGUUGCUCAAAGCUCAGUCGAGGACCGGACACUUCGAUCUGGAGACAUUUGCCCCGCUGGUGUCUCCCCCUCUACCGCCAUCACUGACUGAAGGCAUUUUCAACGCUUUUGACGAGAAUCGAGACAACCACAUUGACUUCAAGGAGAUCUCGUGCGGCCUGUCCGCUUGCUGCCGUGGGCCUUUGGCGGAGCGCCAGAAAUUCUGUUUCAAGGUGUUUGACCGUGACCGGGAUGGGCUGCUGUCGUGGCUGGAGCUGCACGACAUGGUGGAAGCGCUGCUCACUGUGUGGUGUGGCAACCGCACCGAGCUGUGUCCCGAAAUGAACAUGGAAACGGCAGCUGUGGUCAAUGCAAUCUUGCAGAUGCACGACACCAACCAGGAGAAGAGCUUGAGUCUUGAGGAUUAUCAGAUAUGGAGCGUCACCAGCACACUGGCCCACGAGUUUCUGACGCUUCUCUUCCAGGUUUGUCACAUCGUGCUGGGUCUAAGGCCAGCGAGCCCUGGGGAAGAAGGGCAAAUCAUAAGGGGAUGGCUGGAAAGGGAACAUCGGCAGGGUUUCAGGCCAGGACAGCUCUGGUACCUCAUCUCCAUGCAGUGGUGGCAGCAGUGGAAGGACUACGUCAGAUACGACACGAAGCCGGUGGUCAGCGAGCCGCUGUCGGUGUCGUGCUCGCGAGGGCGCUCGGCGGCACGCGCCUGGGAGAACGGAGACGCGCCGCCGCACAGCACGCCCUCCGGCUCGUCGCUCGACAGCGUCUCGCUCGCCUCCGAGGCCUCCGAGAGCAUGGGUUUUCCCCAGCCGCUGACGCCGGCCACUGAGAGCUGCUUCCUGACGCACAGCCAGAGCCUGAGUCCCGACGGUGCCACCACGCGCUGCUUCGGGAACAGCGUACCGUCCUCCGCCAGCCAGCCCAUCGUUCCGCAGCAAGCCUGCCUGUCCGUUGGACCCCAGAAGCCCGGAGUUAUUGACAAUGUGCCACUCAUCAACAGCGACGCCGUCAAGGUGCCCACGCUGACGGCAGAGGGCGGCAGGUUGAAGUGCAGCCCUCCACUCAUGUGGGGCCAGGAUUAUGAGAUUGUGCCAGACCCAGUGUGGCGUUCCCUCUCUCACUGGUAUGGCUACAACAUCGUGCUACCCAGAACGGUGAUCCCCCAGGUGAACGGACGUCCCCUGGAGCUGGAGCUCUACCCCGUGUGCAUUUACCUGCUGAGGCACCAGCAGCCCCCAACGUGCGCGCGGCCCAUCCACAACAGCAUGUUCGGUGGCGUAGCUUCGGCGCCAGCGCCUCCCAAGCGCUACCUGGCCUACACGGCGUGCUUCAGCACCAUGCUGAGCGUGCGUCAAAUCCACGAGUUCCUGGCGCAGAGGCUGCGCCUUCGGCAGGAGGACCUGCGCCUCUGGCUGAUCAAGGACGAGAACAACCUGACUCUUCUGGACGAUGAUGAGCAAACAAUAAAGAGUCUGAGGAUUGAAGAUAACCAACAGAUCCUGAUCGAAGUGCGGAACAAAGACAUGAGCUGGCCUGAAGAGAUGUCCUCGUUGGCGAACCGCAAAAGCCUGGAGCGGAGCAAGCUAGUUCCCACAGAAAAAGGAGCGACCGGGCUGAGCAAUCUGGGCAACACAUGCUUCAUGAACUCGAGCAUCCAGUGUGUGAGCAACACGCGGCAGCUCACGCAGUACUUCCUCUCUGGGAUGCACCUCUACGAGCUCAACCGCACAAACCCGCUGGGCAUGAAGGGCCACAUGGCCAAGUGCUAUGGGGACCUCAUCAACGAGCUGUGGAGUGGCACCCAGAAGAACGUGGCACCGCUCAAGCUGCGAUGGACCAUCGGGAAGUACGCCCCUCGCUUCAACGGCUUCCAGCAGCAGGACUCCCAGGAGCUGCUCGCCUUCCUGCUGGACGGCCUGCACGAAGACCUGAACCGCGUGCACGACAAACCCUACGUGGAGCUCAAGGACAGCGACGGGCGCCCCGACCACGAGGUCGCCACAGAGGCCUGGGAGAACCACCUUCUGAGGAACAAGUCCAUCGUUGUGGACCUCUUUCACGGGCAGCUCAAGUCCCAGGUUCGCUGCAAGAUGUGCGACCACGUGAGCGUGCGGUUCGACCCCUUCAACUUCCUGUCGCUGCCAUUGCCCAUGGACAGCUCCAUGCACGUGGAGAUCACGGUGAUCCGCCUGGACGGCUCUGUGCCGGUGAGGUACGGGCUGCGUCUGGGCGUCGAGGACAAGUACAGCGGCCUGAAGCAGCAGCUGAGCGAGCUGUGCAGCCUGCAGCCCCAGCAGAUCCUGCUGGCCGAGGUCUUCUCCUCCAACAUCAGGAACUUUCCGGACGACAAUCAGAAGGUGAGGUCCGGUGCCACCAGCUACCUGUGCGCGUUCGAGAUACCGGUGCUAUCCGGGGACCCUGCUUCCACGUCGCCCACCGACACGCACUCCACACCCAUCGGAGAGGAGCGAGCCGCGAGCGACGCGCUAGCACCCGUGGACGUGGGCUGCCUGCGCAAGGCAAAGAGCGACAGCUGCAUGCCCAGCAGCAGCAGCAGCAGCAGCGGCUGCUCCCCUGCCGGAGGUGCGGGCGGAGUGGCCAAGAGCGCCUCCAACGGGCUCACCAACGGGCACCUGGCGCAGUCCUGUCGUCCGGAGCAAUUGGGCGGCGUGCAGCCCUCCGGAUACGCCAUCGCCGUGCACCGCAAGAUGAUGCGUAUGGAGGUCUACUUCCUGUCAUCGCACAAGAACCGACCGAGCCUGUUUGGGAUGCCACUCAUUGUGCCGUGUGCGGCCGGCACGCAGCACUGCCACCUGUACGACUUGGUGUGGGGCCAGGUGGCUCGGCUCGUCAGCCCACUGCCACCCCAGGAGGCCAGCAAUCAUGCACAGGACUGUGACGACAGCCUGGGCUACCAGUACCCCUUCACGCUGUCCGCUGUGCAAAAGGACGGGGUCACGUGCGCCUGGUGCCCUUGGUAUAGGUUUUGCCGUGGAUGCAAGAUCGAGUGCAACACCGUGGUUUUUGUCGGAAGCAGCGGAGUGUACAUCGCCAUCGACUGGGACCCCACAGCCCUGCAUCUGCGCUAUCAGACGGCACAGGAACGGGUGUGUCUUGAGCACGAGAGCGUGGGCGAGUCUCGCCGUGCGCAGACGGAGCCCAUCAGCUUGAACAGCUGCCUGCAGGCGUUCACCAAGGAGGAGGAGCUGGGCGAGGAUGAGCUCUACUACUGCUCCAAGUGCAGGGCGCACCGCCUGGCCAGCAAGAAGCUGGAUAUCUGGAGGCUCCCGCCCAGCCUCAUCAUCCACCUGAAGCGGUUCCAGUUUGUGAACGGUCGCUGGAUCAAGUCGCACAAGAUCGUGAAGUUCCCUCGCCGCGGGCUCGACCCCAGCGCCUUCCUGGCCCCGCGCCGCGACCCCGAAGACGCUCGCGCCGUCUCGCCCGCCACCGCCGAGGCGGCCGCCGCCACGGCCAUGUUCGCCACGGCCGCGGCGGCCAUCGCGGCCCUCAAGGAGGUGCAGCACGACAUAGGCGGGGGGGCGGCGGCCGCGCCGGGUGCCAAUCUCUACGGCGGCCUCGAUGCCGUCCACUCGUCGUCCUCGUCCGACUCGGGGUUUGCCGUCGGCGCGAAAGCUUCAGGAGGAGGCUCCAACAGCCCAAGCCCGAGCAGUGGAGGCAGCAGGACCGGCAGCCCCGCCGGCAGCCCGCGCUUCGGCACCAAGGCGCGCUCGCAUCUGCGGCCCAAGCAGUUUGCGCCGGGGAAGGGUCCCCUGCGCCUGGCCCGGGGUAAAAAAAAAGACGGCCUCGCCGCGGGCAGCCGGGAGAACCUGCAGGGAGCCGACUCGGCCGCCCCCUGCAAGGGACAGGCCCCGCUGCACGGGGGCGACUCCAAGGCCAGCUCGACGGACGCCGUUUCGGCGGCGGGAGGCGGAGGAGGCGGCUUCGUUGGCGGUGCCGGCGAAGACGCCUUUUCCAUGGUUUUGCCAAAUGACCAAAAUCCCAACGGUGACAGCGGCCAGCAGUGCCUUCCUUCGACAGAGAGCGGCCGGCAAGGCUGCGUGAGAGUUUGCGAAAGCGCACCGGGGCCUGAAUGCAGCGACUCUUCCCGGCUGCGGGACGCUUUCUGCAGGGCGGGUAGCGGAGCGAGCCUCGAGGUCGUGAGCACUUGCGGCGGCAGCGGCGGCGGCGGCGGCGGCAGUAGAAGCGACCACGGUGACAACGCGGAGGGGAGCGUGCAGGUGUCCGGCGAGGUGUGCCUGGAGCGGAGCAGCAGCGAGACGCUGGAGGGCGGCAGCGGGGAGCCGCUUGGUGCGGCGGUGAGCUGCCCCGACACGCUGGACACGAGCAGCAGCGGCUUCAGCAGCAAGGAGGACCUCUCUGCCCAGGAUGGGGUGAAGGAGGACUGCGCUGGGGAUAUGUGGCCGACGAGCGUGGCUUCGGACAGACUCCCCAACGGAGCCCCCGGCAUCGGUACCAUCGCUCUGGAGCCGUCCGCCAGUGCGGACAGAAGCGACUGUGAAACGGAAACGUCUGAAGACUCUGACGAGACGAAGCCCAUCUACGAUCUCUACGCCAUUUCGUGUCACUCUGGCAUCAUGGGCGGAGGCCACUACGUGACCUAUGCCCGAAACCCCAACACCAAGUGGUACUGCUACAAUGACAGCAGCUGCAAGGAGGUCCACGAGGACGAGAUCGACACGGACUCGGCCUACCUCCUCUUCUACGAGCGCCGUGGCCUGGACGGGCGCGCCUUCCUGCCCACCCUGCACGGACGUUGCCCCGUCGACACCAGCAGCCUGGACGAGGACUUCGAGUCCGACUACCGCAAGUACUGCGUCAUCCAGUAGCUCCCGCUGCGUCAUCCAGUAGCUCCCGCUGCGUCAUCCAGUAGCUCCCGCUGCGACGACCGGGGAGAGGUCUCCCGCGCCGCCGCCCGGCGCCGCUGGAUCGGGACGCCGUAGUUGAGUUCGGGCCUCCGGUGAACGUUGCGCGCUUCUCGAGCCGGGGCGGGCCCGUUAAUGUCGCGUGCAAGCGUAUGUCGAUGGGCGUUUCUGGGCCAGCACGCACAACGACGACCUCCGGAUCUGUGGGGUGCGGCCGCGUGUCCUGUGGGCCGCGCCGACGAGCGUCGUCGCGCAGCGUCGCUCCUCGCAACGUAUUUUCCCGAAGGCUGGCGCUUGUCCCCCUCGACUCGCGACGUCUGCCCGCGUUCAUUUUUUGAAGUCAACGCGGCACGAACACACGCUGCCGUUGCCACGCCGUUGGCUUUCCAAAUUCUGCGUCGGAAAAUGGUGCAAGUAAGUGGUGCAUGUUGCCGUUCCAGCCAUCGUCAAGCCCAGUCUCUUGGAGCAUACUGGCUCGUGAAAUUGUAGAGCCCUUUGUUGAAGUCACGUGUCCGAGUUUGAGACGUGCUUCUCCUCUGGCAUGCACCGUGCGUGUCCACAGUGCAGUCUGCCCGAGCAUCCUUGAAAGAAAUUUCCGUACAGCUACUCUCUCAUCCGGUGUCUAGGUAGCUGUUGUUGACGUGAAGCAGCUUUGCUUUGCGGAGUUUAUUGUCAUGUGAGCAGUAGCAGCUGGAGGUCAACACGGGACCAAACAAGUGAAACAAAGCGACCUCACGUGGCCUCUAUCCCACACCUGCCCCAGCAAGCGCCACCCUCAUCCCCCCCCCCUCCCCCGCCCCCACCCCCCACAUGAUACCGGUGUAAAUGCACACGUGUGUUUGUGUCCCAGAGAUAAACCACAGCACAAAUAUCAUUGACAUCAAAAGAACCCCACGGCCGUGUCAGGAAAGUGCGUCUGCAUGCAGGCCCUUGAAGAGAGAGCUCCGGGUUCGGAACGAAGUGUUGGCACGGAAUCUUAUCGACGCAGUGCAAGACACCAGGCCAAGGACAAAUGUUGGCUGCUGAUUCUUUGCCAACCCCUCCACGCCUGCCCAGUGCCAGGGAAACGGAGGGAGCCUCGGAGCAGAAUGCCAUGCCGUGAACACAGGCGUGCCAUUCACACACACGCACACACGCGUUGCCAUGCAGAGCCCGCAUUGCAUAUGCACUUCUCAGAAAAGUGUCGGUUCGUUGCUGUCAUAAACCUGUUUUUGUGGCUGUACACACUCAGUGGGUUCUGACCGGUUACUCUUGAGAGCACUUUCAGCCGUGGCCUCAUCACGCAGACAUGUGACCUGCGGUAUAAGGGCAGAUUCUACCGAUGUGGUCUGGACGGAGAAGGGUCGCUUCUGAACUGUUUUCAUCGGUUGAAUUCAGAGUGUCACACGCAUAAGCACACGCACUUGCACUCCCGCACCGGCGUCCGUGUGCGUAAGGGUGAACGGCCGCGCAUUCACCGGAUCAAGCGCAACUCGGUCAUGGACCUUGCGCGUACACGUGCGCGUUCGUAGAAACGUGUGUGUGGAUCCACAAGUACAUAUUCACACAGGUGAACAAAACCCUUCCAUAUGGACCAAUUAAGCCUCGCAGACAUGGGAGAUAAUCCACUCGUGCCAUUAUACGCCGUGAGAACACGACAAGCAAUGUGCUCUGUUCAUCCAGAAACGUCGCGCCGAUUCUCAAGGCGCUUUCUCAUGGAGGUUCUGGAUUGGAAUGUUUGGCAAUUUCCUUUUAAGGAGUUAUGGGAAGGAUCUGGAAUUAUACAGAGAAAAUCCACGCAUAUGUAGGGGAACAACUCUUAAGGUCCACACCUUAAGAUGAGCUCAUGAGCCCAGUUCGUUUCCCCCCCCCCUUCCCCUGGCAGUCCGGCAGGUUUUGGAGUUUCAUAAAUCCGUGCGAUGCAGAUUUACUCACAGCUCUUGCAAGACGUCUGUUUAGCAUCGAAGAGUCGGCCAAAUUCACCUCCAGAGCGGGGGCCACUUUCAGCUCCCUCCAGUGAAGCUUGGAGUGUGAGAAUGAACUUGCAGGGCUGCUCUUUUACCUUUUACACAGGGUGCCGUUAUUUUCUAAUUUAUUCUCUACGUACCUACUUCUUACCACCAGAUCUUACACAUGAACCCUUGUCUCCAAAUAGCUGGUUAACGGGGGGGGGGGGGAGGGGGGGGAGUGUACCACUACACUUUGCCGACCUUGCGAUCAACUUUUGAGGGUUACAUUGUGGAGGUCACGUUUCAGGUUUGAGCUCCAACAAACCCGGUGGGGGGAAAAAGAGGCAUUGGCGUGUUAAUUCCACUGAAAAUCUUGGUGUAGUUGAAGCCUCUUUCUUUAGAGCCUUUGCGAGCAUCCCAUAUAAAUAAUUCAAUUUAUUAAUUUUUAAUUGGCGUCGAAACACAACACGAUUCGUUUCCCCUCCACGCGCCAAGUCAGAUUCACUUUUCGGAAUUGCCGACAUUGUCCACGUCAUGUCACGCCCCGUACAACAACCAUUUGUUUUCAUCAGUGCGUAAUCAAAUGGAGAAAAAAAAAUGCAUUCCACCUCGUGUCGCUCAUCUGUUGACGAUUCUACAAACGUCGUGCUCUUGAUAUUCCAAUGUAGGCCUCUGCAGAGAGUCGCCUGAAAUGGGGUACAUUUAAAGAAAGGUUCAAAAGCAAAGUUUCAAAACAAUUCUAGCUGUGACAUUCUUCCGCUGCAAAUUAUCCGAGUUUCUCAAGCCCUCACGCUUUCAGACGUGAUCUGUUACAACCUUUAUUUCGGGUCUUAUUUAUUGCAACUUUAAAAGUGCUGUUUUUUUGUUUUUGCCGUGCUGCUUGGCACUUUGGGGCUAUUCUGUGCAGGACUUCCAUCUGCACCCCGCGCCGUGCACAGCUGUGCGUUCGUUUUACUUCAUUUGCAAUUAUCGUCGUCGGCCAUGUUCGAUCCGCUGCUGGAUGAAGGCCACGAGAUGAUCCAGUGAUUUCGAUUGACUCCGUCAACAAAACGGGAUUUGCAUGCAAAGCUACAUGCAGAUUCAUCACGCAUCGACAUAUAUCUGCUGUAUACUGCCUAUACAUUAUAUAUAAAAUACAAGAAUGUAUAUAUCCUCCUGGUUAAUGCCUCUGAUUAGCACAACAAGCAGGCUUGGUUUGUUUUUGUCCCCCUGCGUUAUCCUAUAGAGCAGUGGUUCUUCACCUUUUCUCCAGCCUGGUUCUCACGCAUCCCCAGGUUAAGAAGAACUACUGCUAUGGACGGAGCCGAUAACAUUUGUUUUUAUAAUUAAUGUACCGUGUGUAGAAAUGCAUACAGCGAUUUGAAAUCCCCGGCCCCCAACUGACAACAGGCGUAAGAGAAUCGUCACCCAGCCACUGUGCAACCCCGGCGCGUGACCGCGGGGUUUUGUUUUUUUAAUCGCGCGCGCCCGGACCUGUGGUCUCGUGGAGUUACGUGCAAGCCCCGCACGCAUGGCACCGUGGGUACGCGCGUGCGGUCUCGUGAGCGCGUGAUUUCGUGGGUCGCGUAAUAAGGGAUCGUUCAACUUUAUCGACGUUUUUCGAAACGGCAAUUAAUGGCGAGCGCGCCGGGACUCGCAAUCCAGAGGUUCAUCGGUUCGGGUUGAUCUCCUGGCGCGGCAGUUGAAAGAACGGGGCAAGAUGAUUAAACCACCGCCACCACCACUGCCUCUGUCCAGCCGGCAAUAUACAUUGGGUGCACCGCAGUUAGUCAUUCGGCAGGGUGUCAUGUGUGGUGGGGUAGAGUGUGGAUGCUCCCCACCUCUGCCAGAACGUCUGUCCAGAACGCGCUCACGCAGGGGUGGUGUGAGAAAGAGCCUCCACCUCCCGAUUUUAGCACGGGUGGGCUUACGUAGCGGUGCGAAAGAAGUUGAGCAUAAACGCGAAGCAAUUUCGGGGCCUGCACCCUUACCUUUGCACGAGGGAAUGUUUUCUGUGAGAGAGCGAGCGAAUUAAUCGUUGAUUUUCAGAGAAACAGUUUUGUUGGAAUAAUUGGAAAUGGCAUCCGUGUAAGAGUUGGCCCCUCGCAACCAGUCUGCUUGCUCGCGACAAAUGUUGGUAUUGUUGAACAAGCCCCAACUGGAAGGGCUGUGGAGCUAAACUGGAAGUUUGUAUAUAUUGUUUUGUUUAUUAUGAAUUUAUAAAAGAGCAUAUUUAAGUUGUUUACAUGGCACCACGUGAUGAUGAUGAUGAUAAUAUCUGUGCAUCUAUACCCGCCUGCCCUCUCUGCCCUCUGCCCAGAGCAUCGACUGCUGUCACUCCGUGGGCCGCGUUCAUUCUGUAGGCAGGCGCGUUUAGAAUCGGCGUCGGGUAAAUCAGCUGACGUGCUAUAUGCAUAUUUGGAAGAUCGUUUAAAAUGUAUAUGAUAUUAAUUUAUGCAAACCAAUUAAAGAGUGGGGUGCGGUUUAUUUAAUAAUUAUAUAGUUUUCCUCCAAGUGAACGAAUUCCUUUGUAGUGUCAGUGUUAAAGUCUUUUUUUUUUCAGUAUUAAAAACAGACCGGACGGGCACAGCCACGCGUGCACCCACAAGGGGGGGCAGUGGGGGGAGAGGGGGCGACUUGGAGGUCGUUUCACAGCGGGGUGGGGGGCCACAACGGGGUGGGGGGCCACAACGGGGUGGCGGGGGGGGCACGCUGAGCAGUCCAUCGCGAAAUCCUGCAGGGCGGGGGGCGACCUUACCGUCACGUGACCUUGCUGGUCACGUGACCUUUAAUUGUCACCCACUGCAACGUCCAGUUGGCUCCCGUGGUUUCGAACUCCUUUCCACAAAAUCGGCGGAUGCUUGGUUGCAUCGAUUCUGAAGCUAAAUUUGGUUUUAAACAUCAAAGAGUUGAUGGUAUGGCUUCCAUACUAUAGCAUAGCAAUGUAAGAUUAUACUAACAGAUUUCAACUUCAUGGAUGCGUUGUAGUUAGGAGGCUAAGCCCUUUGUAUGAUUUUGUCAUAAAAUACGUAACAAUAUACAACUUUGAUAUGUAUACUGUUACAGAUAAUGCAGAUGUGGUACUACUGAUGUCUGGCGUUGUUGUGUGGUCUCACUAUCCGCUGUGAUGCUGUCAGUUGUGAUCGGGAUUUCGUGGAUUGUUUGGAGGUGGGAAAAAGGCGAGGACGUGUCGUCCAGGAAGCGUCGUAAGGAGGCUCUCGCGUUGAAUGCAUCGUUGUGUUGAAGAGUAAAUUUGUCAAUGUCGUGUUUAGGAAGUUUUGUUUUUUACAUAUUCCCCGGAUUAAAAUAAUCACCUCCAUGGAUCUGCGCCCAGCUACUCAAUAUGAUAAAUGUGCUUAAGAACAAAAUCGCAAAGUGAGGACACGGACUGAAAAACCGAAGAUCGAUGUCGGGGGGGAAAGGAGAGUUGAUGGUUCGUGAUGUGUGAAAUGUGUGUGGAGCGGGUUCAACGAGGUGGUGAUGUGUGCUCAAUGGAAUUCGCCGGCUCCUUUAGAAUGAUAUUUGGUCAUAGAGCGAGGUUUAUCUUGCGUUUAAUAUACGCCAUUGGUGGGCGGACACGGCUGGUGUUCGUUAAUUGUAACAAUGUGCCAUGUGUCGAAAAUUGAUGUCCGUAAAAUGAGUUUCGGAGAUACUUUUCCCGGAACGCUGGGCCCAGCGUUGAUUCUCACGACGCCACGUUUCAUUUUGGGUGCUUUUCAGCCGUGCUUGGUUUUGUAGUGAUUCAAUGCCUGAACUUGUUGUCUGGUUUCAAUUCAGCCAACGAUGUCAACCGAUUUCCAUAAUUUCCGUGUCAAAUAAUUUGGUGGCCAUUCAAAGACUUUGAAAUGCCUUACUGAUGCAGUUUUUUUUUUAAUUAGUGGCCGGUAUUAAAGGUUUCUUUGAUAACACGCUUAUUUCAAGUAGUCCUUCUGCCGCGCAUCGUUGAAGGCGUAAGUGCUUUGUAAGAGUUUGUCUGUGCGUGUGAAAUGCACUUUGUUAAUUGCAUUGAUUUUCACGGUCGAAAAACAAGAUGUGACACAAAAUGCGUUAAAAAAAAAAGAAUCCGAUUGAAACCAAUUAAGGGCGAGCGAUAUUGACGAGUGCCACAACAUAUGUCUGAAAUGUAUUUCCGCCCAGUGCGGAUAAGGGUGAGAGGGCAAGUGAGUGCGGUUUCUGGCCCAAUUUUUUUUUUUCACGUUUGCUUCGUUGGAACGCAUUUGAAAUGCAGUAAAUUAAUAUUCGACUUUCAUAGAGCCAUCUUCAGGUUGUGUUUUUCGUUGUGGCUGCGUAUGCCCCUCGCUCAAUGUGUGCGUUGAGAGUGUCACGCAUUCUUGCCGAAAGCGCUGUUCUUUGUUGCAUUGUUAUCCUUCUAGUUGUGCAUGAGUAGGACAGUUACAGACGGUCUCUAUCCCAGACGUAGAUGAUGAUUCUUGAGCACCUAGUUCCUACUGGAUUGUCGCACACUUUUGCCAAGUCAGCUCAUACGCAUGGGGCGGAUAAGUGUGAUGAUUUGCAUCUUGCUUUUUCCUUAGGCGAUCCAAACAUAAUGAGAGUUCCAAACUUUCAGCCCUUCACUAUCGGAGUGAAAUUUUAAUGCAUCUGCCGUGGACCGAAGAGAAUAUGAAAAGCCCGUGUAAACAUUUAUUUUUUGAGAGAGUGAUUUAGCCCGUUUUGGCUUCCGCGGUCCCUUUGAGGUUAAUCGACAUUUGAAUACCGGAUGCCCGGCGAAACGAGCCUGUGCAAUGAUUUCGACGAUAUGAUUACUGUAGUUGUGAUUUUAUCCAGGCUUCAUAUUUACUUUUACAACUUUUAAGAUGCUUUUUGCCCGUAUGUGUUUUCCUAAUGACAACUUUCUUUUGGAAGAUUUAUACACCACGUUGUGCGAACGGACACUGAGAUUUGAACUGUAAAGUGCACUGAUUAUUUUAUUGUCAAUAAUUGUUAUUGCGUGCAAAUAACAAGCGCGUGCGUGCCCGCGCGCGUGUGCGUGUGUGUGUGUGCAUGCUCGAGUAGAAGUCACUGAGUGGAGCUUUAAAAAUAAACUUUUUUUUUGUUCCAACUUGACAGCAAAUACAACCGCUCAGGAAUGUGUAAAAGGUUCCACGGAGGGGGCGGGGGUUCGUUUAAUGAAUAUGAAUAAAUAAUAAAAAUGGCACUUUAGCAAAGCUGGUCCCACACGCGCUGUCUUUUGUGUUGAACUCGAGGUGACCCGU